AUGCCGCUGCUACUAUCUCGGCUUUCCGAGAACGGUGUGACUUGGCCCUCUCGGGGGCUUGUCUUGUACAUCAUCGGCCUCCUAUUGUUUGCGCAUAGUAUCCAGAGAGUCCGAAGAUGGUACCGCUUGAGCCAUGUUCCCGGUCCACUCAUUGCGGGAUGGACCAACAUGUGGUUGACAAAGGGGUACAUUAGCGGGCGGUUCUUUAUGGAGUUGCCUGCUUUGGUGGAGAAGUAUGGCCCUGUGAUUCGAAUUGCGCCAAAUCAAGUCGUGUGUGUCGAUGUGGACACCCUGUACCGGAUCUCGGGCGUGCGCUCCCUUUAUCGGAAGUCGGAGUGGUACACCAUUGCCCGUAUCUCACGGGAUGGUGACCACAUCUUCACCAUCAUCGACCCUGAGGAGCGCAAGGAGAGGAAGAAGUUCAUCAUGCCCGCUUACGCUGGCCGCGACAUCGACCACUUCGAAGAAGGCACCGACCGGGCCCUGACAGACUGGAUGGAGCUGAUCGAUACCAAGUACCUGUCCAGCGCCAAACUGGCCCGGUUCAUGAACUUUGAGGAGAAAGUCCACUUUUAUGCCCUCGACGCCAUCGGCGAGAUCGCCUACAGCGAAUCGUUCGGUUGUGUCAAAGAGGACCGCGACACCAAGGGCGUGAUGGCCGUCAACGACGUCACGGUGCCGCUGCUCAUGGCUAUUAGCAACUACGUCGCCUUCUGGAAGAUGAUGCGGAUGUGGCCGUUUUACUACCUACUCCCGCAUGAUGGCGACAACAGCGGGUUUGGCGCAAUUGUUGGACACGCAAGCACGAUCGUCCGUAAGCGCCUGCAGCCCAAGGCUGUUCCGAAACAUGAUAUGCUGCAGUCCUUUAUCGAGCAGGGUCUGCGAGACGAAGAGGCCCUGAAGCAAGAAGUCGGCAUCCAGUUCUUCGCGGGCUCCGACACGGUCUCCUCCCUCCUCUACACCACUUUCCUCCUCCUCCUAACCCACCCCUCCGUCUAUGCCCGCCUCCAAUCCGAAAUCGACACCGCUCUCGCCUCCGAUCCCUCAACCACCAACCCACCCCGCAUCAUAACCGACGCCCAAGCCCGCUCCAUCCCCUACCUCCAAGCCAUCAUCCGCGAAGGCCUCCGGCUCUUCCCGCCCCUCUGCGCACCACCCAUCUACAAAGAAGUCCCCGCCGGCGGCGACGACGUAUGCGGGUACGCACUGCCCGCCGGAACGCUCGUGGCGACAGCCCUGCAACAAUGGCACGGAGCGCGGGACAAGAGCUUUUGGGGCGAGGACGCGGACGCCUUUCGCCCGGAGCGCUGGUUGGGAGCGGCUGCGGCGGAUGAGAAGGAAGGGCCGCGGGCGAGGAGGGUGUGGGAGAUGACGCGGAGGAUGGAGUUGGCGUUUGGGUGUGGGCAGUAUGUUUGUGUGGGGAAGGCGAUUGCGAUGGUGGAGGCUGGGAAGGUGCUUGGGGAGGUGAGUUUUGGCUUUACUUCACCUCUACACUAG